CCGGGUCUCUUCGGCUAGGUCACUGCCUCCUCCUCUCUCUCUUGCUCUCUCUCUUUUGUGUGUUAUAGCAACAGUUGCUUUGUGAAUCAAGUACCAGUUACCGUAGUCCUGGUGACUGUUACUCAUCAACAACAACCGCUCUUCCGCUGGCCUCCAUCUCUUUCCUCAUCGUCAUCUAAAACACCCAUCACCAACAAGAACAACAACACAGCUUUCCACGGUUCAGUUUCUGUGAUACUGCCCUUCAUCUUGUUUGAAAGAGGUGUAGAGGUUUCAAAAACACAGAUUUCAUCAGAAUAAUUAUAUGGGGAAAGAGACCACGAUGCAGACAUCAGAGGCUGGGUCGGACACAGGUUCGACUGUGACUUUACAGGCAUCUGUGGCUGGCCAGGCAGCAGUGCCCACACAGGUAGUACAGCAGGUACCGGUUCAGCAACAGGUACAGCAAGUACAGACUGUGCAACAGGUACAGCAUGUCUAUCCAGCCCAGGUUCAGUAUGUAGAGGGAAGUGACACAGUCUACACAAAUGGAACUAUUCGAACAACUUACCCUUACACGGAAACCCAGAUGUAUAGCCAAAACACUGGGGGAAAUUACUUCGAUACUCAAGGAAGCUCUGCACAGGCAACUACAGUGGUCUCCUCUCAUAGUAUGGUGGGCACCGGAGGGAUUCAGAUGGGUGUUGCAGGAGGACAGUUCAUUAGCAGCUCAGGAGGGACCUAUCUUAUUGGCAAUUCAAUGGAAAAUUCUGGUCAUUCAUUGACUCAUACAACGCGGGCCUCCCCAGCUACAAUUGAAAUGGCGAUUGAGACACUACAAAAGUCUGAUGGUCUUUCCACUCACAGGAGCUCUCUUCUCAACAGUCAUCUCCAAUGGCUUUUAGACAACUACGAAACUGCAGAAGGAGUGAGUCUCCCCAGAAGUACCCUUUACAACCAUUAUUUACGUCAUUGUCAGGAGCACAAGUUAGAUCCAGUCAAUGCUGCCUCUUUUGGAAAACUCAUACGGUCAAUCUUCAUGGGAUUACGGACCAGAAGACUGGGAACCAGGGGGAACUCCAAAUACCAUUAUUAUGGGAUUCGUGUCAAACCAGAUUCUCCCCUUAAUAGGCUACAAGAGGACAUGCAAUAUAUGGCUAUGAGACAGCAACCCAUGCAGCAGAAACAGAGAUACAAGCCUGUGCAGAAAGUGGAUGGAGUUACAGAUGGUUUCACAGGAAGUGGUCAACAGGCAGGCGCAUCUGCUGAGCAAACUUUAAUUGCCCAAAGUCAACAUCAUCAACAGUUUUUAGAUGCAUCUCGAGUACUUCCAGAGUUUGGAGAAGUUGAAAUAUCUUCUCUACCGGAUGGUACUACCCUUGAGGACAUAAAAUCACUGCAAAGUCUUUAUAGAGAGCACUGUGAGGCAAUAGUGGAUGUUGUUGUGAAUCUUCAGUUUAGCCUGAUAGAAAAAUUGUGGCAAACUUUCUGGCGCUAUUCUCCUGCUGCUCCAGCUGGCGACGCAGCUAUUAUUGAAUUGAGCAAUCUGAGUGAAAUAGAAAGUCGACUUCCAAAAGGAAAACUGAUUAUUCUGUGCAAAUAUGAGGCUAUUCUGAAAUGGAUGGGUAACUGUGACCAUGUGAUGUACCAGGCUUUGGUGGAGAUUCUCAUUCCUGAUGUCCUUAGACCUAUUCCUAGUGCCUUGACUCAAGCCAUUCGCAAUUUUGCAAAAAGCCUUGAAGGUUGGCUUUCCAGUGCCAUGAGCAAUAUUCCACAGAGAAUGAUACAAACCAAGGUUGCUGCUGUAAGUGCCUUUGCCCAGACUUUGAGAAGAUACACAUCUCUUAAUCACCUGGCUCAGGCAGCUCGGGCUGUGCUUCAAAACACUUCUCAGAUCAACCAGAUGCUCAGUGAUCUCAACCGUGUUGAUUUUGCCAACGUACAGGAGCAGGCUUCCUGGGUGUGUCAGUGUGAUGACAAUAUGGUUCAAAGACUAGAAACAGAUUUCAAGGUGACUCUUCAGCAGCAGAGCACUCUGGAGCAGUGGGCUGCCUGGCUUGAUAAUGUAAUGAUGCAAGCAUUGAAACCGUAUGAAGGAAGACCCAGCUUUCCUAAAGCAGCACGGCAAUUUCUUUUAAAAUGGUCUUUCUACAGCUCAAUGGUGAUUCGAGAUUUAACCUUACGCAGUGCUGCUAGCUUUGGCUCUUUUCAUCUGAUCCGCUUGCUUUAUGAUGAGUACAUGUUUUACUUAGUAGAGCACCGUGUUGCUCAGGCAACAGGAGAGACACCAAUCGCAGUUAUGGGAGAGUUUGGUGAUUUAAAUUCUAUAUCCCCUGGAAAUAUGGAUAAAGAUGAUGGCAGUGAAGUUGAAAGUGAAAUAGAAGAAGAGCUGGAUGAAAAUGGAGAGCCACAAGCCAAGAGGGAGAAAACAGAACUAAACCAGGCAUUUCAGGUGGGCUCUAUGCAGCAGCCAGUGCUUGAGAGUGGAGUAGAGCAGAGCCUCCUGAACCCACUUCAUAAUGAGCACACUGUUACAAAUUCUCAGACUAUCAGACAGUGCAGUGCUACUGGAAAUGCAUAUACUGCAGUGUGAUAUUGACGUGCCCGCCCAAUUACAUUAGCACUGUUGAUGCUGGACUUAAAGGGGGGAGGGGAAUAGGUCUGCAAGUUGACUUAUCAAAUUUUAGCUGUGCUGAACAUUACCUUUUAUUGGAGUUCUGAAAUGAAAUGGGUGCAUGCAUUUUGCCGGAUGUUUAAAACAAAUUUCUAAGCAAAAUAAUUCUGCAUUGGUUACUUGGUAUUGAGUUUUCCUAGUUUUGAGUGUCAAGGAAGAUUUUUGCAAAGCUUGUAAUGUUAAUGCUUUUGUCCUCCUAAAAAUCAAAUAACUUCUUUUUCAUAAUUUAAAAAUAUUUUAAUGAUGUUAACUAUUUGUCAUAAUGAUUUAAUAUACAUAGGUUUUUAAUUAGAUGCACUUCUGUGAAAUAUUAAAAUAAAUACUUUGACUUAUACUGGAGGCAUACUCAUUUGACAGCAGAUGUAUCGAGUUUGCUAUAAAAGGUGCUUUUCAUUGAACAGAACUAGAAGACACUAUUUUGAUUAAAUUGUUAGCAUCCAGGGGGUAUUUUUAUCAUACUGUUGGAGGGUUGGGAAGAUCUACUGUUUUCUUUCCCUAAGGAGGAAGUGUUUUCUCUGCAUUUACAAAUGCAGAAUGAGUGAUAGUACUGUAACAAUGUGGUAAUUUUUACAUUGCAGGCAUACCUAAUUAUUUGAUCACCACAUAAACAAUCCAAACUUCCUUUAAAAUCAACAGCUCCAGAUUUUAUUUGCAUGCCAGUUCCCCUGUUUUUUGAGAGUACUGAUCCUAUAUUUGAGACCGCUGCACAGAUGCUAUUGGUUGUUGAGUGGUACUGUAGUUGAUAGAAACUGAACCAGAAAAGAAGUGAAUUGAUUAUGCUGGACAUGCAGGAAAAACUCGUUUUGGAUGAAUUUCUUCUAUUCCAGGUCUUUUCCUACUACUAGUUCAAUCUGCUGCUUUCAUAAAUGAUAAUUUAUAGAAUGUAAGGAAUGUAGCAACCUGCAUCAUUUUCUUUUCAAAAUAUAUUUCCUGAUUAUUAAAGUAAAUUUAAUUUUUUUACACAAAAAUAAUAAGGUAGUGUAGCUGGCACACCUCACUUGUACUGAUUCCCAAUUGCAUUGAAUUUGAAUAGGUGGCUAGAUGGACCAUUGCCAUUUAAGAAUGUACAUCAGGGAUCAUUGUACCUCGGCUAUUACAUGGUGCCUUAAAUAGAACUGAAGCUAAGAUUUAGUAUUUUUUGUUAUUCUUAAUAACUCUUGAAGUUUAUUCAACAAGGUGUGCCUGUAACUUUCAAAUUUCCUAAGUAUUAAGGGCAGGUUACAUAGUCUUCAAAGAAAUAAAAGGGGUUUUAUUAUUAAGUGAUUUUAAUAUCCCUCUUAAAAUUAAUAAUGAAAUUUAUUUUUUUUUUUUGUUUCUAGCUGAAUUUCACUUUAUUACAAAUAAAAUUUGCUUGGGAACUUGAAAAGCAAAACUAGCUUUAAUACCAACUUCAAAUGCUGUUAACAAAGUAAAUGGACCCUAGUCAUAAGCAUGGCUAUGUAUUUUUAAACCCUUGUCAGCUUUUAAUUUUAAGAAGUCUCACUAAAACGAGCAGGUACAUAAUGCAGCAUAUAUUUUCAAUUUCUGUAUGUGGUAGGGUGUCAGCCUGACGCUAUGUUUUAAUGAUUGCAUCUUAUAGUGGUAGUUCACACAGUCCAUAUUAAUUGAUAUUAAACAUCUCUGAUUUUUUCAAGCUUUUUCAUUAUUUUUAAAGAAGACACAUGGAUUUGCUAAGCUAAAAUAGUGAAAAUAAAUAAUUAAAAGCAAAAAAGUGAAGGAGAGAAUAAAAAAAAUCGAUUUUAUAGAAAGGACUGUAUAAAGAAAUGUAGGAAGUUUCU